AAAGCGGUUAAAAAAAAACAUCAGACGUCCUUAACGAAGCAUAGACGAUAAUCCGGGGGCAACAGCGUGAAGCUGUUGAAGCAAUGCGUACUUUUUAAAAAGCCAUUGACGCAACGCGUACUUUUUAAAAAGUCGAUAAAAUAAUUCUUUUUUUUUACGCAUCACGACGGGGGCUCCUUGAUGCGGCAAAGUAGAGCUGCGCAAAACAAGUUAACCGUACAAUCAUCGGGAUAAUUAAUUCUAUUAAUUCGCACCGCUCUCGCGCGUGAUCGCGACUCGACGCGCGGAGCACUGUCGCCGUCGUUGUCAAUUUCACGAGGAUUGCGACGAAUAAUCAACGACGAUCGACUGACGUUACGGGUGACGAUUGUUCGAGGAACAACGAGGCUCCUUCGUCGCGCCUCUCUCGGAGGCGCUAAUAAUUUUUUGUAUUUGAACCGCCUUCCGGGCCGGGUCGAUAUGGAGGUUGACGCGUGCGCGCGCCGCGCCGCCCGUCGUCCGGAGACGCUUCCGUUCGCAGUAUUUACGGUACUGGGGCGAUACUGAGGCAAAAAGCCCCAGUGUAAGGGUAAGGAGUGGAUCAGGUGGGAUCGGGGAGAAGGAUGUUCGAGCUGUAUGGCGUCGGCAAGGGCGGCAUGGUGUAUCACCCGCCGCCCCCCAGAGGGAAAGAAGUCGACAUCUUGGAGACCUGUCUGCAACUCUCGUCGACGGAACUGAGAAAAUUGCCUAACGGCGAUGCGCUUCACAUCAAGGACACUGGUGUCUCGACUUCCCUCGACAAGGCUAAAGAAUCGCCGAGAGAGAGCAGACGAAGCGUGGUGAGGAGAUGGGUGGUGAUGGCCGGAUUUUUCUUCCUCGGAUGUGCCUUGGUGGCCGGAGUGGGUCUGCCCCUCGCCCUGGAACUUCGAAGCUCCCAUCUAUUGGAGGCCAGGCUGCAAGUGGUCCGCAGAAUGCUCUCGGAGGUCCCUCUGAUCGACGGACACAACGACUUCGCCUGGAACCUUCGCCAGCACCGCGGUACCACGAAGCUGGGUAACUUCCCCUUCGACGAGGAUCUGUCGCGCAAUGCCAGCUGGGGCCCGCAGUGGCAGACCGACCUGAUUCGUCUGCAGCAGGGCAUCGUCGGCGCGCAAUUCUGGUCGGCCUACGUGCCGUGCGAGGCCCAGUUCCUCGACGCCGUUCAGCUCACCCUCGAGCAGAUCGACAUCGUGCGCAGACUGACCGCGCGCUACCCCAAACGUAUCAGACUGGUGACGACGAGCGGCGAGUUGGAGAACGCUCACCGUGACGGAGUGAUCGCCAGUCUGGUGGGCAUCGAGGGAGGCCACAGCAUCGGUACUUCCAUGGCGGUGCUCAGGAGCUUCCACCGGCUGGGCGCGCGCUACAUGACCCUGACCCACAAGUGUAACACUCCGUGGGCGGACUCGUGCUCGGUCGACGAUCCGAACUCGGACGCGGCGUCUGAGUUCCACAGUGACGGCCUUUCGGAAUUUGGCAAGGCGGUCGUCCGGGAAUUGAAUCGCCUGGGCAUGCUCGUCGAUCUCUCCCACGUUUCGAUAAGGACGAUGCGGGACGCUCUCGCGGUGACGAAAGCACCGGUCAUAUUUUCGCACAGCGCGGCCAAGGCGCUCUGUAAUUCGUCGAGCAACGUCCCGGACGAUGUACUGCGGAAUUUGUCCCUCAACGGUGGUCUGGUUAUGGUUAGUUUCGACAGCGCCCAUUUGAGCUGCAGCGAUAAGGCCUCCAUGUACGACAUUAUAGCUCACAUCAAUCAUAUCAGACGAACAGCUGGCGUGAAUCACGUGGGUCUCGGCGCGGGUUACGAUGGGAUACUGAGGCCGCCGACGGAAUUGCCAGACGUAUCCGGCUACCCCUUGCUGUUGGCCGAGCUGACCAGAGAUCGGAGAUGGUCCGCGACGGACAUAAAGAAGCUGGUGGGCGGGAAUUUGUUGCGCGUCCUCAAGGAAGUGGAGAAUCACGCGGCCACUCUCUCGCACCAGUUUCCGGCGGAGGAGUGGAUUCCCGAGGAACUCAUCGAGGACAGCUCUUACUGCAGAUAUCACGACGCGUAGGGAGAGGGGCUCUCUCGUGCGUUUCCGGUAUCGAGGCUGUCGGUUCCCGUGGAGGGCGUUUCUGCUUCUCGCUCUAGAAACGCGAACUGUAAUGAUCUUUGUACCUGGAUCGCCUCAACCGUUUUACAUUUUUAAUAAAGUAGCAGCGGACUAUAACCGUACCGGUUGGAAA